CCCGGGAUGUGGCAAAGCGGCCAGGAGGCACGGGCAGGGGGCUCUGCCCCGACAGCAGCUGAGAUUUUGGACGUGUAACCACGGUUUUGGAAAGGAGGCAGCCCCUGGGGGGGCUCGGAGAAGGGCCCACUGCCCAGCACCGGUGCCUGCAGGCAGGGACCUACGUGGUGUUGCGAGUUGAGAACUCCCAGUGUGGGAUCACAGACGGGGUUAGAGAGAGGCGCAUAAAAAAGAACAAAAAAAAGAAAGGGAGAAACGGUUCUGUUCGGAACGAGGCAGAUAAGAAGAAAGAAACAGAUCGAUCAAUCGCUGAUCCAUCGAUCAAUCACCAAUCGAUCGAUCCGUUGUUUGCUUCACGGUGAAAAUUUUCCAGCCGAGUUGUUAGUCUGGCACAUGCCCACACUUUGCCGAUUGCAGACUGGAUUUUAACCCGAGUACGUUGGAAUUAAUGCAUGGAGAAUACUGAUGGUGUACUUGAGCAGGGCCGCACGUGUCUUUUAAGGCGUCGGAUGGUGGAAGCGCAAAUAGCGGAGCGUUUUGGGGGCUUGCGAGCGAGGGGCUGGAGAGACGGAGCCGAGUCCUGCUCACCACCCAAAAGGUGACCACCUACGGCCCCCGGUGCCUGGGGGGGAGGCUCUCUCCAGCGGGAGAGCUUCGUCAUGCCCUUGGAGUUGAGCGCCGUGCCGGGAGGCUGCUCCCCUCCAAUGCCCUCCCUCAGGAUGCUCAGCACAGCCCGGCGUUGGUGGCUGUGGAUAUAUGGAUUUAUGGAUUUAUGGAUAUAUGAGUGGAUUUUGACUUUUUGAACCAAUACACAGUGCCCUAACGCUCGCGGCGCUGGGUGCACCCGGGCUGCUGCUCCCUGUUGCUUGCGGCACGGUUCUGGCCCCGGCGCCUUUGCUGGGCACCAAGGGGAAGGGCAGUGGGUCCCUCCAACCCCUCUGAGCCUAACUACCCCUUGUUAAUUAGCGGGUCUCUUCCCACUCCCCCAUCAGUCAAUGCAGUGUAAAAGGGGCUUUGACAAAACGUGGAAGGCGUUGGGCGGCACAAACGGCCACGCCGCAUCGCCCACCCGGCACAACCAGGCUCUGACGUGGUGCCGAUGGCCGUCCCCGUGCCUCGUGCCGGGAAGUCACCGAGCGUCCGCCCAUGGCCAAGCAGCGGCAUGCCCGACCCAAGGAGGAGGAAUUGAGCUCGAGCUGAAAUCCUCGGGCUGCUUCGGCAAAGCCGAGGGGCGUAGCUGGCUGCGGCAACCCUGUGGCAGUGACUCACGGUGGGAGAGGAUGUGACCACUGAUUCAGGGCUGGAAACAUCAACAACUUGCACGGAAGGAAGGGAGAUAGGAGGGAGUCCAGCUCACAUUUCCGUGCCUGAAAUGGGCGGCCCCACUGCUGGCAGCGACCCGGCCGGUGCUGAUGCAGGGUUCGCUGGGCUGGGGACGGGGCGGUUGUGGCCUCCCUGAGCCACCGCUGAGCCAGGCAGGGCAGGGUAGCACAUGGAGAGAUUCUGCUCGUCCCCAUGUCCCCGUCCCCGUCCUACCUGCAGUGAGCCCUGGCUGUCCUGCGAUGCGCGCUCACAGCAAGGAUGGCCUCGUGCCCAGAGACGCAGGCAACCAGCCCCCAGUGAAAUCCCUGCAUCUCGCAUACCGGAACAGCUAAUGGAAGAAUUUAGUCCUUUAUUAGCUGCUAAUGAACUCGACCCAUAGUUUAACAGCCUUUGUGUAGACUGGAUGCUGGGACGAUUUGUUUUCCCAGCUUGGAUUUCCAGUAGCUGCGUAUUUUUUUGCGGUGGACGCAGGAUACAUCAAAAGCACCCGAUAAACAUCGCCGCAGGAAAAAGCAGCGUGUGGCCCCGAGCUGGAGCGGCCCCCUGGGUGCGAGCAGGCCAGGCAGGAGCAGAAGUGUUCAGAUCUCGUGUUAAAAAACGACGACAGUCGCUUCUGUAGCACCUGGGUCUUCUGAAGGGUCUGCGCAGGGAUCGGGGUCCUGCUGCAGGUGCUGGGUGCUGCCAGGGUGCUGCGGUUCUGCACCACGACUCCUCACUGCUCCAAAAACUGACCCCAAAUCCCCACUUGUUGCUUUCUUUUGCAUAAGAUAAGGCCGUGGUCCAAGAAACAGCUGAGAAACAGGGCCUUUCUGCCCUUGUGGCUGUGUCCUUCUUGCUGUCCUCAGACACCCUGUUCGCUCUGCUCAGCCCUGAUGUUGCAGUUUUCCUCCCCGACGAUGUGUUGAUUCAUAACAAACAGCUACCAAAAUAUCCUCUUGCUGCAAAAGCAGAACAACAAACACCCUCGGUUUAUUUAUGCAUUUAACACCCCCCCUUUCACGCCCCCCUGCAUCAUUUUGCCUCUGGAUAUCAAGUGUGAAACUGCUGCUCAGGAAGACGAAGCGAGUUUAAUUAGGGCACGUGUUUUUCCUUGUCUUUGAGGACAAUUACAGCAGUGCUGUUUGGAAAGGGUAAGCUCAGGGGGGACAUCGGACUUUGCAGGGUUCGGGGCUCAGGGUGGCAGCGAGGUGGCUCCCGCAGGGGGCUCCCGGCUCUGCCCACCCCCAGCAGCUCGGGGUUGGCAACGUGGGGCUGGAAGGGGCUGGGAAAGGCAGCAGAGGGAUGGGGAAGGGUUUACCUGUAACGGUGAGCGGGUCGGGCUGGGGCCGUGACCUCUUCGGAGCGAGAUCCCACAGCCCCCGAGCUGCUGGAGGAGGUCUCAAACCCUGGCAAAGCUGGAGCCCGCCCGGCAUGGACAGCAAGAGGGCUUGGGCUGGAUGGGGCUGGAUGAGAGUGAGACAUUUGGGGACCUGGGGGCGAGGCAGGUCCGCAGCCAACCCCUCCAGCCCGCGGAAGGGCCAGGAGCAUCCCAAAGACCUCCGGAGACGCAGCCCAGAGCGAUGCCCAGCAGCAUUUCCAGCACCUUUCUUCCCAACCUCACCUCACCUCCGAAUCGAGCUAGCGCGGGUGUCAGCCCCGUGCUCCUCCUGCAAUGUUUUCCCUUUUAACCACGACUUUCCUCCCGGAGGCCCAGAUUUAUUUCACAUCUCUUACUUAACGGUGUGCGAGGGGGGAGGAGAUCAGCCUGCCAGUGAAACUCGUGGCGUGCCAAUGGAGGGGGCAGCUCAAGAGCAAAAAUUCGAGAGGCAGGAGAGGUGGGAAACUGCAACCCGACGAUCCCAGGGUGGUCAGGGGCUGGAGGGAGCAGUGGGAUGGGAAACGGCGACCUGGCGGGGCUGGAAACCACUUGCAGUGCUUGGCCGAUGGCCAGGGAUUUCGGAGCCGGCUUCAAUUCCCCUGGUGCAGCCGGGUCCCGGCACCCAUGGGUGCCACCACUCCGGGCAGAGGCGCCGGGUGCGGGGCAGCGUCGCUGGCGGGGGCAGAACCCAGCAGAGCCCCGCUUCGCCCAGCACCGGGCAGAUAAAGAACCAUGCGUGGAGCAAAAUGCUUCACUCCCGAGGUGUUUAUAAAGUCCUUCUGUUACAAAGAAAGGCUGAGUUGGGAAGAAAAGGGACUUAUUUUUAUUUCAGGGGGCCCAAACUAGUUUGAUGUUUGCUAAAUGAACUUUCUCCACAGUUUUGAUUCUGAAAAAACAAACACAACACUCUCCCAACAAUUGAGCCGAACGCAUUAGCAAAGUGUUUCAAUGGCACAUUUGCAUUUUGCUCUGAAAAAAAAAAAAAAGAAAAGGCAGCUUUGGUGCAAAAAUUUCACCCGGGCUCAGCAUCCUGCAGUGGCAUCGCCUCCCUUUCUCUCCAAACCACGACUUUGCCCUUUGCCUUCCAGCACCUGGGGACGGAGAAGAGCGAGGGGUGUCCUCCCAGCGGCAGCUCCUUCUUGUCCCCGCUCCUUGAGCAGACGCCGGCUGCGAUUCCAGGGCUUUUCCCUUUUGCACGGAGCCUGCAGAAGCCGUGGCCGGCCGUGCCGAGGAGAGGAGCAGGGCUUUGAAUGGCCGAGGCUCCCCCACGUCGCCCCCGCGAGCGCGGAACAAUGCGAGCCGAGCCACAAAAAGCCGAGAGCCUCCCACCUCCUACCCAGGGCCCUGCUGGUUCCUUUUCAGCUCGGCGGUUUCUCCAUGAGAAAAUGCCCUGGGAAAGCGAGUCUUCGGGGCGGGGGGGCUUUUGUUCGUGAUGCCCUAGACCCGAGCCGCAGCUUUUCCUUCCUAAGACGUCAGAGGAAGGCCCCUGGGAGCUGCUUCUCCCCAGCCGGCGUUAUAUGGCCACCAGGAGGCAAAUGAAUAACCCCACAAAACGAUCUCGUGCAUCCAUCGGCACGGCAGAAAGCCCUGAAAGAGACGGGGGCGAAGCCCAGGGGCUAAGAACCGAGGCGGGGCCGUUGUCACGCCAGUGCUGACCUCCAAAGAGACCCAGGGAGGACGGGCAGCCCGGGGACGGGUGCUUUGGGACGGACGGGGUGCGUGGCUCCAGCAGGUGCUAUAAGGAUGUAGGAACGCCGGCGUGAGGUCCCCGGCUCGUAGUGUGCAGCCCAGGGCAGGAGCCUGCGGGUUCCCAAGGUGAGCACCCAAACCCCAGCGCUUCUCCCCGAUGUGCGCCUCUGGUUUGGAAAGCCCCCAGGGUUUUGUGUCGGGCUUGGGCCAAACCUGCGCUCGCCGGGAAGCCAAAACCGGGGAGAUGGCGAAAGGAAAGGCUUGGGAGUUGGCUUCGCUUGGGAGAGGCCGGUGGAAUCCCAACCACCGCGGUACCAGGAGCAAACCUUCCACGGCUGGCAGGAGACGGAGCUGCCCAACAGGAACAUUGGAGCCCGCUGGCUAAACAACAGCCAGGCCUGGACACCUUGCCGGGCUCGGCUCCUGUCCCCUGCCUCCAGCAGCCCCACCUUCGAGGACUGCAGCGCUACCGGGCGUGAAUCCUACAGGGAGAGCAGCAAAACGUGUCAGCUUCCGAGAAGCGCGGAUGCAGGCGAUGGGCUGGAAGCCCCGCCAGCACCCGGCCCUUCGCAAACAAUGCCCGACGGCCCCGAGCGAGGAAGGAAGCGGUCCCUAACGGUGUGCGUGGGAACCCUGCCCCGUGCCCUGACCCCGUUAGUGUCACACCGGAGCCCCGGCGCGGCUCCGCGGCGCACGGAGCAUCAAUCCUUCAGCACUGCGGGGAGGUUUUCGGGUGGACGGGCGCCCGAGCUUGGGAUGACCUUGCUUCAGGGAAUGAAGCCAGAGAAAUGAGCCCAAGUUCAAGCACUUUUCGUCCACAGCAGCUCUGCAGAGCUCUCAGGGAACGGGAGGUUCAGUCCCAUCUAUUUACAGGAAGGCAGGAGAUAAGGGAGAGCCCUGCUCCUUGGCAGCAGACGCUCGCAGGAGCCAGGCAUCCAGGCUGCUGACGUCUGUUCUGCCUCUUAACCUGUGCUGCUCUCGCAGUUCCCGGACCUAAAAUAAAAGGAAAUUUGGAAAAAGAAACAACAAAAAAAUCCUCCUUGCCUCUCCUGGCUGCACCCCAGGAGCCCCUUCUGGUCCAGCUCCGCACCCCCGAGAGCAGCACCUCUGCUCCCAGCUCCGCUCCAGAAUUGCAACGCUCUGUUUCUUUUCAAAUCCAGCUUGUUUUGUUACUGCUAGAGUAACUUCGAUGAGGAAAUCACGACACUUUUUCAGCUCACAAC